AUGUUCCCAGAGGAACCCCAAGAACAACCCCAUGCCAAUGGCAUGGGGAAAGAUACCAGCACGGAAAACGCCCAGGAACAGACUCGCGACAGUCAAGAUCUCAGCGUCGCAGAGGAUGCGCAAGAAACACAAAUCGGUAGUGCCGAGGAUAUCGAGCGCAUCUACAAAAAACUAGACUGGCGCAUCAUCCCCGCAUUCUGGGUGCUGUAUUUCCUCUGCUCGGCUAUUCGAUCGAAUGUCUCGUUGGCGCAGACGAUGAACUCGGAUAAAGGUCAUGAUCUGGGUGAUGUCUUGCACUUGACGCCGCAUCAGAUUUCGACUGGGUUGGCGCUGUUCUAUGUCUGCUAUGUCGUUUUCGACUUGCCGUCCAACUUGAUCAUGACCAGGUUGAGUCCGCAUGUGUGGAUGAGUCGUAUCGUGAUCAGUGUCGGUGUUAUUGGGACUUGUUUGACUGCCAUGAAAGCUGCAUGGAGCUUAUAUCUCCUCCGUCUCCUCCUCGGUAUCGUCAUCGCCGGCAUGUGGCCCGGCAUGGCCUACUACCUCACCCUCUUCUACCCCCCAUCCCGAACCGGCAAACGUAUCGGCCAAUACUACACCGCAGCCCAAGUCUCCGCGGCCGUGGUCGGUCUCGUGUCCGCCGGCUUCCAAGAGAUGGACGGCAUGCAUGGCUACGUCGGGUUCCAGUGGAUGUUCCUCGUCUACGGCGUCAUCACCAUCGCCGUCGGCAUCGUCAUGCUCUGGUGGCUCCCCGACCGGCCCGUCAUCCCAGGCGAAGAACAGAAACAAACCAAAUACCUCCGCUGGAUCCCUCGCAGCGCCCCCGCCCUCACUGGCCGGGAUGCCGAGAUCCACUACCAGGAUCUCAAGCGUGUCUACCACCGCUCGCAGUGGUCGUUCUGGGACCUCCUCCGCGUCUUUCUCGACUGGCGUCUCUGGCCUCUCCUCAUCAUGUACUUUGGCGUCGUGGGCGUGGGAAUCGGCGUCCAGAGCUACGCCAACGUCAUCAUCCAAGCCACCAACCCUUCUUUGAGCGGUGUAGACCUAAGUCUCCUCACUGCUCCAAUCUGGAUCAAAAAGAUGGACCUAAUCGCGAUCCUCCUCGUCACCCCCCUCUCCGACCGCUUCCACCGCCACCGCGCAAUCUUCUUCUCCAUCCCCGCCUGCCUCCAAAUACUCGGUCUCCUCCUAACCACCUACGCCGGCUCCGACGACAAUCCCUGGCCCCGCUACGGCGGCCUCCUCAUCGUCGGCUUCGGUCUAGGCCCCACCGUCCCCAUCACCAUGACCUGGACUGCUGAGAUCUUUCAGCCCCGCCACGGCGAAGUAGGCGUCGCCGCUGCCUCGGCCGUCGUCUCGGGCUGGGGGAAUCUCGGUAGUAUCCUUACCACAUAUGCCCUGUAUGCGGGCUGGGCCAGUGAUGCGAAUGCCCCCGGUCGUGCUAAGUACCGGAAAAGUAACCUCGUCAUGGUGGGGAUUUUGUGUGCGAGUAUCCUCGCUUCCGUUGUGAUGCAGGUCUUGGUAAGGUUGAUCGAUGGUCGUCGGGAAGAUCCAAACAACGUCGUCGAUGGCGCUGCUAAGCGUGAGACUCAGCAGAGAGGUCUCAAUGGCCUGGGGUCGGGUGUUACUCGGUUCUUCAGAAAGGGUCAGAAGGAUAAUACUAAUGCGCAGGUUUAG